AUGCUGAUAGAUUUUCUUGCAGUUCUUGGGGCAGUUGUGCCCUUGUAUGUUGCCAUUGGCCUAGGCUAUAUCUCAGUUCGAUGGUGGAAGGUCUUAAACCCAGAACAAAGCUCUGGAAUCAACAGCUUCGUGAGUAAUUUUGCCAUUCCUGUUCUUGUUCUUGACCUCCUCUCUGCGAAUAACCCAUAUACCAUGAACUUCAAAGCCAUUGCUGCUGAUGUUCUUCAGAAGGUAGUCAUUUUUAUCCCACUGAUUGCAUGGAAAAAUCUAAGCAAAAAUGGUAGCUUUGACUGGGUAAUUACCAUAUUUGGUCUCUCAACUCUUUCAAACACUCUUCUGGUUGGACUCCCUCUUGUUCAAUCCAUGUAUGGGGAUGGCUCAUAUUCUUUACUGGUUCAACUUGUGGUGAUUCAGUCUCUAAUAUGGAUGAAUGUGCUUCUGGCCUUGUAUGAAUAUAGAGCAGCUAGCAUCCUCAUUGCAGAGAAAUUCCCCACCACUGCUGGGUCCAUUGGAUCUGUAAGAGUUGACCCAGAUGUUUCUUCCUUCAGCGACCUUGAACAAUUAGAGACUGAUGCUGAGGUAGGUUCUGACGGGAAGUUACAUGUGGUUGUGAGAUCUUUCUCUGUAUCAUCAGGGAUUUCUCUGGGUAGUUUUCGUUCAAUGGAUUCUGCAGAUGAACUCAACUUAUGGGCCACAGGUUCAUUUCCCAGACAGUACUCUUCAAGAAGAUCAGGAAGUAGUAGAUCUUUUGGUCAUCCAGAAAGGCACUAUCACAAACAAAGAUCACAUAAUACCAGUAGAGUAGCAGAUUCAUCCUUUGAUAUUGAAGCCAUAGCUGAAGCUUCUGAGUCUUCUCAUCAUCACGUGGAAACAGCACCAAACAGUUCUGCUUUGAUUAACCAGGAUGUAGCGAAGAAAGAGAGUCCCCCAGCAGGUGUUGUGGCAAAGCUCAUCAUAAUCACAGUGUGGAGAAAACUAAUUAGAAACCCUAACACAUAUGCGAGUGUUGUAGGGCUUAUAUGGUCUCUGAUAGCAUUCAGGUUCAACAUUGAAAUGCCAUUGAUCAUUAAAGGGUCCAUUACAAUCAUAUCUAAAACGGGAAUAGGAAUGGCAAUGUUCAGUUUAGGUUUGUUCAUUGCUCUCCAACCCAAGAUCAUAUCCAUUAAAUUACCCAUGUUGGUGACAUGCACGGCCAUAAGGUUAAUACUGGGCCCAGUAGUAAUGGCUGCAACAUCUGUUGCUGUUGGUCUUCAUGGAAUUGUGUUUGAUACAGCAACUGUCCAGGCUGCUCUUCCCUUAUCAAUUGUUUGUUUUGUGUUUGCAAAGCAAUACAAUAUCCAUCCUGAGAUAUUCAGCACAACGAUUAUCAUCACAACAGCUUUGUUCUUGCCUGUUACAAUUGUCUGCUAUCUGAUCUUGAGACUAGUUCCAUGGUAA